AUUGAAAGGGGAAGAACAGCUGCAUCGCGCGCACUAUAAUUAGCUGGUGGCAACGAUGACUCGGCACUGCCCACAUGGAGAUCGUUCUGCGUACUGGCACCUCCCAAGAGUACACUAAUUACACAUAUGCAGACAUUGCAAUUGCGACUGAGUCGCAGUGGGCUGGACGGCUGACAAGACAUAACACUGUCGCGGACGCACUGAAAUGGCUGUAUCCAUCACAGAUACAAUAGUGCCAAUGCUCAGAUCAAAUGUACUCACCGGUGCGAUUCAACUACUUACAUAAGUGGGCUGGGAGGAUCACGACAUUCAGUGUCACCAUUUCAGGCCGUGGCGGAGAGUGAGCAAGCACUGUGGUACAUCCAUGAAGCUAGUACAACGACUAAGCUCCGAUAACGACGUGGAAAACAGUGGGCGUAUAUACUGCACGAUGAAAAAAAGAAACGUCCUGGCAGCUACAAAAGUUGCACAUACGGCACGCUGCACUCGAACGGACACGACACGAAUUGCACAGUAUGACCACGCGCGGACUGCGAGCAUGAUGCCUCGGCGCGCCGAUGGGUACGUGGGAUGACUGCGUCCGUUUGGUGACGGCGGCCUCUCGCUUCCAGAAGACCUCCUCGGCCUACAGCCUACGCCAGACAGGCAGACAGAGUUCUCCAGGAACCAGUGUAGAGACCCGGAGUGCAGCCGUGGCGAAUGCGCCCUCACAGCAGGAAGUGCAGCCUUCACAAACAAAUGGCCGCAUCGCCUGCGCUAAACAGUGCCCAGUCGGGCAUACGAGGGGCGGGCGGGCGAUGAGACUCGAGCCGAAACGCCCCGCCCAGGCACCGCUCACUCCGGGCAUCGCGCUCAUCUGCAGAGGAUGCAGAGGGACGAUCGAUAUCCCUGCGCCCCGACCUUGCGAGCAAAGAGCACAUCCAUACCUAUGCCCACGCGGCCUUUGACGUCGAAGCUCGAUCCCACGGAUACGCGAUCCCGUGGAUGUGUUCCGCACGGGGCCUCCGCGCAGGGCCGCCCGGCAUCCAUGGGAUCGCGGACCGGGACGCGUGAGCACGAGGCCGUGAACGUGGACGCGGACAUGGAUGUGGACAUCGACACUCUGGGUACGGAGGAGGAGGAGAAGGAGGAGGAGGAGGGGGAGAAGGAGGAGGAGGAGGAGGGGGAGGACCAUUUGGGCAACGGAGGCGGCCGAAAGGGAGGCGGAGGGAGCGAGCCGCUCAGGGGGACGGGUCACGCCCCGAGCGUGUGGCGCGGCCAGCCCCACUGGCAGGCCCGCGGCGGCUGCUGCACCAGGGGGCCGGCGACGGCGGGGCGCAGUGCGGGGGUAGGCACUGCCACCCAGGGGGCAAGGGUGCCGAACUGACAGCGUCAAAGCCUGAAACACCAGGCGGUGGCAGCGCGUUCCCCAGGUGGGGGCGUGGAGGGCAGCGAAAACGUGUCCUGAAG